AUAAUUCAAUUAUGUGUAGAACAGGAACACUAAACAGGUUUUUAUAAUAAAUAACAAAAAAGCUCGAGCUCCAUUAUUAUUACAUUGUUGGUAUUUUUUCCUAAAUAGUAUGCCUAUACCGACAAAAUUGCUUUGGAAAUAGCAUUGGACAUUUUAAAUAAAAUUUGUUAUAGACCAUUUGUGUUUAUAUUAUUUUAAAUGCAAUUCAUUUGGCAAAAACUUUUAUUAAAAAUAGAAUUUUAAAAAUUGGCUUCAAUUUCCAAUUUUUGAUUACUAUGCCCCCCCCUAGACCCCGAGGAUUUGGUAAUAGUUCGGGCAUAUCUGGUAGACCAAGUCCGAGUACUCCAAUGUCAGAAAGACAACAAAUGGCUCUGUUAAUGCAGAUGACAUCUGCCUCACCUUCGUGCAGUCCAGAUGUGCAUCAGUCUUUAAACAAUUUAAAUCAGUUGGCUUCAAGAUCGCGUGAUCGGAAUGAGCGUGGAGAAACAAGCCUUCAUGUAGCUGCAAUUAAAGGUGAUCAGGACGGUGUAAAAAAAUUGCUUGAGUCAGGAGUGAAUCCCAAUGUCUUAGAUUUUGCAGGUUGGUCUCCUCUGCACGAGGCCUGCAGUCACGGCUACUACAACAUUGCGUUUUCCCUUAUUAAGGCUGGAGCCAAUGUUAAUGCAAAAGGCUUAGAUGAUGAUACCCCUCUUCAUGAUGCUGCAGUCAUUGGAAAUUUGAAGCUGGUAAAGUUGCUUAUUGAAAAAGGUGCUGACAUUUUUGCAAAAAAUCGAAAAGGCAAAACCCCAACGGAUGUUGCUGCUUCAAGUAUAUCUGCAUAUAUGUGCUCCUUAAGAGAUACUUCUAGUCAUAAUAACAACAAAUCUGCUCAAGCUUCGAAAAAAGUAGUCCUUUCAGAUUUAAGAAGAAGUAGCGAGGGUGAUGAUGGGUCUAACCCAGAUGAUGGGAAAAGUCAACCAAGAAACAAAGUCGAAAAAUCAAUCAAUCAAAAAGAUGAAUUUUACAAUGAAGAUGAUACAACAAACAGUUUUAAGUUGGGAAAUUUUAAUCCAAAUACAACAAUUAAACGUGCACAUUCCGAUGUAGAAGUCGAUGAAUCUCCAGACGGAGACGAUAAAAAAAAAAAAAGGAAAGACUCUGACAGCUUAAAGGAUACCUGUAAGGCCAGUCCUAGCACAAAAGCUCCAACAAGAAACGAUAAAGUUAGUAAGCAAACUGUAGGGUCAUCUAAACCAAGUUCAGUGGGCUUGAAAAUGACUUCUGAAAGAAAAAGUCCUUGCGUUAGUCCGAAACCCAUUUUAGUGAAAGCUCAUGAUAGUGACUUAGAAACAGAGGAAACAAAAGUUCUAGAAAGUGCCUCUGGCAACGGGCCAAAAGUCCCACCAUUAAAAAUUGUUAUUCCACAGCAAAACGAUCCUGAAUGUGGAUCCCGAAAUGGAAAAGUUAAUUCAGUUAGAAGUCAGAUCGCCCAUCCAUAUGUGGUUUCUUCUUCUAAUAGCAACGACUCUUUAUCAGCUGAAAAAGACACAAACCCAUCUAGAUGUAGCAGUCCUACAGAAGGAAUACAAAAAAAUAAUUCUGGAAACUCAGUUUCCGCUUUAUUACAGGAAGAAAAAAAUGUCAAACUAAGCAUUGAAGAAAAAGGUCAACAAAGAAUCUUAAGAAGCUCGCAUCGUACAGGUGGUCACAAUAUUGAUAGAAGUUCCAAUAACUCUUCUCCACAGCUUCAGAGUAAUUCUCCUUCGCCAGCUACGAUUAGUGAAAUGAAUGAUAAGAAUCUUAACCUCACUAAUAACCCAAUUGGUCUACAAAUUCAAAAUCAAGCACUUGAUACCGAUUCUAAUGGACUUGUGUCUAAUCUGUCGACUAUUUCAUCACCUUCUUUGAAGGAUAUGCAAUCAAACUCAGUUGAACUACAUCCACGGAAACGGAAAAUACGCACAAAACAUGAAGAAAGCUUUGUGAAGGGACACUCGACAAGCGUUGGGGCAGACUCGAAUAAUUCGUAUGAUAUUCAUCCUCACGACCAUCCUUUUACAAAUUGCUAUCAUAUGUAUUUAAAUAUUCGUAAUCAAAUAGAAAAAAAACAUAGGACCCUGUUUCCUAUACAACCUCGCCCUCCUCAAGGAUUUGCAGAAUAUUUAAUGAACAGGAAGUCUUACCUGCUAGCAAAUAAUCACACGCCAGAAUUUUCUCCAACAACUCCUUCAGACUUGCCUCCCCAGAUGAUUGAUUUAUUUAAGGCACAGGAAAGGGAACGUUAUAAAUUGAAAAUGAAACACGUUGUCGAAAAAGAAAAGUUAGGAUUAACAGUUGAGCAAGAGAUACUAAGAGUACAUGGAAAAGCUGCGAGGAGCUUGGCUUGUCAAUCUGUUCCCUUUUCAGUUUGUACACUACUAAGAGAUGAAGAAGUUUAUAAUUUGAUAACACCAGAGCAAGAAGAAAAAGACAGGAAUGCCCGAUCUCGUUACAAUGGCCGUUUGUUUAUUAGCUGGCUGCAAGACGUAGAUGAUAAAUGGGAAAAGAUAAAGGAAGCUAUGGUUCUACGUCACCACAACGAAGCUGAAAGCUUACAUGCUUUACAAAGAAUGGGUUGGGAUGAAGGUUUAAAAGAUAAUGAUUUAUGCGACAAUAAAUCAAAACCAUAUAUUCAAGAAGAACAUGUUCCAAUUGUGCAUGUUAGUGACGACUUUGAACUUCUUCCUGCUUGAAAGCAUACUCAUGCUGGUUUGUGACUUUUACAAACAGAAUUAAAAAGAGAUGAAUAGAUUUAUUACAUAAUGCUAAUGUUUAUUACUUGGCUAGUUAAAAUUAUAAUAUCAUCCCAACAAAAGUGGCGAGGUAUAAGAAAUAAAAAGUUGGUAUAUUAAAUUUUCUUUUAAAAAUACUAUAUUUAA